AGGUACUGUGCAUGCAGCACAUGUAGUGUGAGGACGCUGGUGCAGCUCUCUGGUUUAUGUGAACAACUUUAUAUUUACAAGGACUUUUUCUUCCGCUGACAGACUACUUGCUGCAAAUACAAAUCAAAGGAGAGUAUUUAUAAUUACACUUCAGCACAGGAUAUAAGCAACAGUCAGCAAUACGGAUUUAUUGCACUUUAUAUUUAGCUGAGCCUCAUUCUUGGUGGGGAGGAGGAGGGGUGAGGGUGUGCUUGGACUCUCCCCCCUGCAGAGAUGAGCCUCUCAUUGUUGUGUUCCUAGCAGGGACACAAGAUGGGCUUCUCUUCUUCUUUGUAUAGAUUCUAAGCCCAGCACCCAUCCAGGACAUAAUACAACAUGGAUAUUACAAUUUCUGAACUCAUGGACCAGUUCCUGGAGAGCCCACUGGUGACCUGGGUGAAAACCUUUGGUCCAUGUGGGAAUGAGAAUGAAAGUAAAUUGGCUAUGUACAUGGAACUGGUCGAUGGGGUGUUCCUCAAUAAAAUCAUGCUUCAGAUAGAUCCCCGACCAUCAAAUCAACGCACCAACAAGCACGUUAAUAACGAUGUCAAUCUUCGUGUGCAAAACCUCAGCAUCUUGGUGAGACACAUAAAGUCUUACUAUCAGGAAGUCCUCCAGCAAGUGAUUGUGAUGAAUUUACCAAACAUCUUAUUGAUUAGCAAAGAUCCUCUCACGGGAAAAAGUAUGGAAGAAAUGAAGAAAGUGCUACUUUUAAUUCUUGGCUGCGCUGUACAGUGUGACAGAAAAGAAGAAUACAUUGAAAGGAUUAAGCAGCUGGAUAUUGAAACACAGGCCGGAAUUGUAUCUCACAUCCAAGAGGUGACCCAUAAUCAAGAGAACGUGUUUGACCUGCAGUGGUUGGAUUUUCCAGACAUGGUCCUUGAAGAGUUGGACUCACUGUCUAGGAGUAUGGCUCUCCAUCUUAAGAGGCUCAUUGACGAAAGAGAUGAAUGUAACGAGGUCAUAGUGGAUCUGACCCAAGAGAGAGAUUAUCUCCAGUCCCAGACUCCUAUAAGUCCAGUAAAGUCUUCCAGCCCUGACUCUUCGUCCAAUGUAACAAAUCAUCUUCCAACUGAGGAUAAACAGCAUCUUGCAGUGGAACUUGCUGAUAGCAAAGCCAAACUUCGAAGGAUAAGGCAGGAGCUGGAGGAGAAAUCCGAGAUGCUAGUGGACACUAAACAUGAAUUGGACCAUCUUAUCCUGGAGCUGCAGAAAAUCAAACAGGAGAACAUCCAACUGGCUGCUGAAGCCCGUUCGGCCCGCACCUACAGAGACGAAAUUGAUUCCCUGAAAGAGAGAGCUAGCAGAGUUGAUCGCCUGGAGAAUGAACUGGCCCGGUGCAAAGAGAAGCUACAUGACGUGGAUUUUUAUAAAGCUCGAAUGGAUGAGCUUAGAGAAGAUAAUAUGGUUCUCAUCGAGACUAAAACCAUGUUAGAGGAACAGCUGGCAGCCGCAAGAGCACGGACAGACAAACUGCAUGAGCUGGAGAAGGAAAACCUUCAGCUAAAAUCAAAGAUCCACGACAUGGACCUGGAUCGUUAUUCAGACAAGCACAGAAUCGAGGAGCUACUGGAGGAGAACAUGGUGUUAGAAAUAGCUCAGAAGCAGAGCAUGAAUGAGUCUGCCCAUCUUGGCUGGGAACUGGAGCAGCUUUCUAAGAGCGCAGACGUAUCCGAUGCCAGGAAGUCAUUUGUGUUUGAAUUGAAUGAGUCUGCUUCUAGCCGAAUCCUUAAGCUGGAGAAGGAUAACCAGAGCCUGCAGAGUAUUAUCCAAGAGUUGCGGGAAGCCUCCCUCACCAUGGAGGAGAGUAGUCUGAAGGGAGCGGAGCUAGAGAAGGAGAACCAGCAGCUUAUCAAAAAGAUUGAAAACUUGUGUUUACAAAUUGAAAAAGAGAAGCAAAAUAGCCAGGACCUUGAAAGCCUCAGUGAAGAUCUUCUGAAGGACAAAGAGAAGCUUACACAAGCCCUUGAAAAAGUAAAAUCGGACAACGAUAGGCAGAUGAAAGACUUGGAACAGGAAAACAAACAUCUCAAUCAGACUGUAUCUUCACUCCGACAAAGAUCUCAGGUUAGCGUUGAUGCCAGAGUCAAAGAUGUUGAGAUGGAAAAUAAAAUGCUUCAUGAGACUGUUACGGACACCAGCAGCAAACUGAAUGAGGUGGAGCAUGAAAAGAAGCAACUGCAGAAAGAUUUUGAACAGGUCAAGGAAAAAGUUGAGAAAGUAGAGGAAAUGGAAAAAGAAGUACAUCGACUAGAGAAGCAAAAUGAAAAUCUAAUGAAGAAAGUAGCUUCUGUGAUGAUAAUAGAAGAGAAGGUGAUGGCUCUGGAAAAAGAAAAUGGAAAGUUAGAAGGGGAUAAUCGGAUGCUAAAAAAGUCUUUGGAUACAUUGCAGAAUGUUUCAAUUCGUUUGGAGGUUUUGGAAAAUGAGAACAAACAGCUGGAUGAAGAGAACUUAGAGCUAAGGAGAGCAGUGGAAUCUAUGAGGUUUUCCUGCUCAAAGAUGACCCAGAUUGAGAUGGAAAAUAACGAGCUUCAGAAAGAGAAAGAAGAGCUUCAAAAGAAUGUGGAGAUGCUGAAGGCACUUGGAAAGAAAUCUGAGCGGUUGGAAGUUAGCUACCAAGGCCUGACUGAUGAGAACCAGAGACUUCAGCGUGCUCUGGAAAGUGGCAAUCGAAAGAUUCAUGAACUGGAAAGUGAGCUACAAGAGGCUGAAAAGGAGUGUAAAGUUCUUCAAAAGCAUUUGGAAGAACAAAAGAUUUCUAACAAGAGACUAGAGAGGUUGGAGCAAGAGAAAAGAACUUUGGAACAGGAAGUGUCCCAACUGGAGAAAGAUAAGAAAAUAUUAGAAAAGGAUUCAAAGAGGUUAUGGCAGCAAGUAGAGCUGAAGGAUGCCAUUCUCGAUGACAACUCUGUAAAGGUGGCUGAUCUGGAAAAAGAAAACCGAACACUAGAAAAGGAGGUGUCCAAGCUAAGAGAAUCAUCCACCAAAAUACGAGAACUGGAGAAGGAAAACAAGGAUCUGAUUCAACAGCUUACCAUUGAUAAGAGAACACUAGCAACCUUGAGAGAGGAUCUCGUCUUAGAAAAGCUGAAAACCCAACAAAUGGCAAGUGAGCUGGACAAGCUGAGCCUUGAACUAGAGAAGAUUGGCUUAAAUAAGGAGAUUAUGCUACAGGAUGAGAACAGCAAUGCUGAAAAGAAAUAUAAGGUCCUGGAGAGUAAGAUAGAAUCAACACUAAAGACAACUCUGGCUGUUAAAGAAAGUAAAGUCCUGGCUCUGGAAGCCCAGGUAGAGGAAUCUCGUACCCUUAAUCAGCAGCUGCAGAAUGAGCUGAAUUCGAUCAAGAAGGAUUUUGGAACGUACAGGCAAAAUCAGGCGGAAACGCUUCAGAAUUCAUUUAAACAUCCUGGAGAUAAACAUGAGUGCAACAACCAAAUGAGAGAGCUGCUGCAGAACGGACAACGAGAGGCCACGCUGGAGCUGCUGAGGUUAAAAGACCGAGCGAUAGAGCUGGAGAGGGAUAAUGCUGCCCUCCAAGCUGAGAAACAGCUACUGAGAGAACAGCACAAACACCUCGAUACACAGAACCUCUCCCUCAAUAAUCAGAUGGAAGCGCUGCAGAAACAGGUUACUUUCCUGCAGGAAUAUAACACAGCCUUACAGACUCAGACAGCCAGUCUGCAGGUUGAGAACUCUACAGCCACAUCGCAGAGCACCUCACUGAAGCUCCAGAUGUCUCUGCUACAGACACAGCUGUCUGCUCUGGAGAAUGAAAAUGAGAACUUCUUGAAGCAGAAGGAGGAGCUGAAGGCUGCUCAUGAUUCGCUGCUGCAGGACCAUGAGCACUUGGUGUCCUUGCAUGAGCGCCAGUCUGUGGAGUACGAGGGGCUUAUCAGCCAACAUAGCACACUCAAAGCGCAGCACAAAAACCUGGAGCAGGCUCAUAGGAACUUGGAGGAAGGUUACAACAGCUUAAUAAAACACAAAAAGGAGCUGGAAGAAUUAGACAAUAUUUUGAAAAGGGAGCAGGAAUUUUUGCAGCAGGAAAAGAGGAAAAACGUGCUUGCGACAAAUGAAAAUCAGACACUUAAAGAAGAACUGGGCAGGCUGAACUUCCUGCACCGGGAGCUGCAGGAGGAGUACAACGGUCUGCACAAGCACACGAAGGAGCUGAAAACGACAUUUAACAACUCUCAGAUGGAGUUAAAUCGCUGGCAGGCGCGGUUUGAUGAUCUAAAAGAGCAACAUCAGAACAUGGAUAUUUCCCUAACCAAACUGGAUAACCACUGUGAGCUUCUUUCUCGUCUGAAAAGUAACCUGGAGGAAGAGAAUCAUCACUUGCUCAGCCAGAUCCAGAUGCUGACCCAGCAGAACCAGAUGUUACUGGAGCAGAGCAUGGAGAGCAAGGAACAUUAUCAUGAGGAGCAGAAGCAGUAUAUAGAUAAAUUAAAUGACUUAAGAAGACAAAAGGAAAAACUGGAGGAGAAAAUUAUGGACCAGUAUAAAUUUUAUGAUCCAACCCCAAAAAAGAAAAAUCACUGGUCUGGAGCCCGGGCUCUUGUCAAACUUAUCAGACCAAGGAAAGAGGGCUCAAGAGAGAGAUUAAAGUCACCCGAAGAAAGUGAGACACGACAGACAGACCUGGAUUCUGCGUCAUCGCCAUCUACCUCCCGCCCACUGCGGGUACAACAGGACUGUCUGGAUAACUCCUCUGUAGGUUCAGAGGAGAAGGAAACUCCAAAAAGUGUCACAAGUAAAGCAAUGGUUGAAGUUAGCCAUAGGCAUCACAGACGGUCCUAUCACGGAGGAACCAGUGACCAAGCUGAGGGCUGGGAAGGUGGAUCUCGCUCAAGGAGAAUGGAGCCUGGAUCCAGAGCUUACUCAACAUCUGCUAUCCACCUUACUACCUCAAACACCAAUGCUAGGGCAUCACAUGCAGCUAGACCCAAAGGGUUCAAUUCAGAUGACAACCUUUUUGAAAAGUUAAAUGAAUCGGAUUCCAACAAUGUAGGUCCCCAAGUUCCUCGGCCAAGUAGCCUUGAAAACAGCAUCAGAAGGGCAUCAACCAGCUCACCCCAAAACCUUAAAGACUGCCCUAGUUAUCUCCUGGGCUGGGUAGAGAGUCUGAGCAGUGAGGAUAUGGUUCCCACCAAAGACAUCGUAUCCAAAGAAAGCUCCCUGUUCCAUUCAAGUGCAGCAAUGCUGGGUGCGGCCAAUAUAUCAGACUCAUCUAGAAAUGGGCAUGCGCCUUAUGACACUGCUGAGAAAAGACCUCCCAGCCGAACCCAAGCCAGGCCAAGGUCAGAGUCCCCAGGCAGCGAGAUGGUCACUUUGGAGGAGUUUUUGGAAGAGAGCAACAAACUGUCUCCACCCACUAGACGACACAGUUUAAAUGACGAGUUGAUCACCCUGCAUCAGUUUCUCUUAGAAGCUGAAACCUUACACCCCUCCUCCCUCCCUUCCUCGCCCACCCUCCACCAUCAAGGCUCAUCUCGUGCAGCUACCCCCAACACUCUGACAUCACUUGAAAACUGCGCUUCGAAGAACCCCACGUACAGGCCCAAUAGGAGAGCCACAUCGCUGUAUAUACCCAGGGACGCAUUUAGAGACAACAUGCUGGGUGAUUACUUUCAGAAAGCUAGUGACCCUCCAGACAUUGGAAACAGCUUGUUACAGUCGGGCUACAGAGAUACCCAGAAUAUACCCACAAGCUAUGUGACACCCACUGUAAAGCUGUCCGCAGAUGUCACUGAAGAAAGGAUGACAAAGCCUGGGCAGUAUGUGAAACCAAACCAUAGACCUCUAGAUAGUUCUUUUAACUCUACUGGUUCCCUUAGAAACACGCAGCUACAUCAGUUUGCCUCAAGCUCCAGACAGAUUGCUGAUAUUCAGCAUCAAGGAACACCAUGCAGCAGGGGUAAUUCCAUGAGUCGAACAUUUAGUGUGGCUACAGCAGAUCUCCUUAAAGCCAAUGGUCCAGAUGCAAGCAGGAUGGAAAAACAGGAGUUGGAAACUCCGAUAGGUAAGGAUUUUGGCAAUCACAUUAUAAGGUCAUCUACUCCCAUGGGUUUUCAGGCCUCUCUAAGGGAGCGACCACAGUCUACAAGGAUAUCCAACAUACCACAGAGUAAUGAUUCCCGCUGCCGGCCUUUAGAUGCACGCCGUCUGUCCUUGGCUAUUCCAAAAGAAGAACGAACAGUGCAGUCUUUUUCAUUGUCAAGUAGCACACAACAACCCUACCAUCCUGGGCACAGUAUUUCAAGAACAAAAUCUAGAUCACUUCCUCGAACUGGAGAUGUUGCUUAUUUGACACCAGACCGAUCUAUUUCCAGUAUCCCAGAGGUGGAAGUCACUCAAAGUGUGACCACCAUUGUAACAUCUAAACAUAUAAAUACACAAUACAGCCACACUACUACAGGAAGUGAAGAACCUCUCAAUAAAGGUGGAACUCCCAAGAGUACCCCUGCUUCACCUGACUCAAAUGUUGACCCCCAAACAGUUUGGUACGAGUACGGCUGUGUGUGACUACUAGAAUCAACCUCUGGUUAUUUGCAGAUUAAGAAAAGAAAAAACAAAUAAAUUGAUAUAUCUAAGGAUAUGAAAGAUUUGAUAAACUGUUCAUAAAAGUGAAUAAUCAUUUUCAUCAAUUCUUACGUGAUUUAUUGUGGUUUUGCUUUAUAAAAGCUAGGAGUGAGACAAGAUUUUGUAUAUUUAUACAUAUGUAGAAGAAACCUAAAAAACAGGAAUCGGGAGUAAACCCUCUGGAGACUGUGGCUCCUAUGAGUUUUCAAGACCCUCUUUAUAUGUAAAGCUUCUUUCUCCAACCAUUACUGAAGAGCGGAUGAAAUCUAGGUUCUAUGACCCAAACAAGGCUGACGUCUGUUCUUCAAAGUAGCCGAGCCUGGUUGCACAGAUCACAGUAAAUCUGGAUCUACACACACUUCAAAUUACUCAGAUAUUGUUUGAUCUGAUCAAUCUGAUGUUGCAAGCUUUCCUUGUAAAAAUGUAUUUAUUGAAACACCAGCAAAAUGAGUUUAAACAAGUUUUAAACUGAUAAUCAAGGAAAGGUCUAGACUGUAAAAAUAGAACCCAAAUGAUUGCACUGUGUAUGACAUAUACUGUAGAUUGUGAUGCCUUUUUAAAGGGAACAGUCACCUUUUCAACACUGGUUCAAAUAAUCACUGGGAGUUUCUGUAGCAAUUUUAUAUAAAUAUGCAAUUGUUUGUACAGUUACAUGCACAGUGUGUCUUUUAAUUGCUUAUUCCCUCCCCUUUUUGAAAUAAGAGCCUUGACGUGCUUUCAUAGCAGAGACAAAUGUAAUGUAAUAUCCUCUUUGGGGACACUGACUGAGGCCUUGAUUCAUUAGCACAACUGUUUUAUCUAAAAGCCUCUCAAAUGAUAGCAAAGCACUUACUUCAUGGGAGAACUUUGGGAAUGCACAUAGACCAUACAAAAACCACAUCCUUAUAUGAUGUGGUUAAAAAAUAAUAUAUUUUAGGCUAAAAUAAUCAUUUGAUUAUAGGAGUCCCUCUUGGAAACCAGACUGUUCUUAUAAUGGGCCAAAAUUAAGUGGCCUGUAUAUAACUCCAGGCUAGGAACUCAAAAUAGAACAUUUUUGGUGCUUAAAAAACCCAGUAUGCAAACAUUAAAGAUGCCUUCAAUCUCUCUUGUAUCUAAACGGGUUUAAGAAUUAUUGUUUGUAUAGAGCUGGAAAAAAUGUGGGUAAAGUUGAAUGAAAUUUCUUUGUAGAUUGUAUCCACACACAUGCCUUAGUGAUAAAUGUGACUCCAUUUUGUUCUGUGUUCAGUCCCAAAAUCUUUAUAUCCAUUUUUUAAUAAAACCUACAAUUUAAAGCUGCUGUAGAAAGUCAUGAAAAAAAGGACAAUACUAUAUUGGUAAGCUUAAUAUCCAGAAAACAAAAUGGACAUUCAUUUCAUAAAAGAAUUCUAAUUUGUGGUUAGUCUUUAUCCCACUUGUCGCCUUUAAAGUUUCACUAAUAUAUUGAUUAUAUAUUUUUUAUUACAAAUGAAAUGAAAAGUAAAAAUAUCAUGAGUCUUAAAAAUAUCAGAUACUUUAUUUUAUGAAUUUUUUGUAUUUAUUAAUUUGUAAAACUGCAACAGCAGGCGGAAUAUUUGCCUGACUGAUCGAAUAUUAUGUUCCCCCUGGCAGUGAAAGGGUUAUGUUUAAUAGAGAAACUUGAAUAUUUGAUUUCACCUCUAUUAUAUGCUGCUAAAAAUAUUGAACUCUCUAAUGAUGAAAUACAAUAGCAUACAUACUUGAUUAAUCCAUUUAAAACUGAAGAAUAAUUAUGCAAAAAUGAUCAUUGUGAUAUUGUUUUAAAAUAACCUGUUAAUCCAAAUAUUGCUACAGGUUCCAAACAUAAUUAUUGCUUCCUAUUCUUUUCCUGGGUACUUUUGUCUCAUUCUGUUACUCGUUCCUAAUGGUGAAACAAAUCUAUACAUUACUUUUUAGUGUAAUAAAUGAGAUUUCAAAACGGUGCUUUCAUUUCCAUAAAGCCAAAUAGAAAUUUGGAAUAUUAGCAUAUACACAGACCUUGUACAGUUAAACCAACAUGUGCCACAUAUUAAAAUGCUUAUAGAUACGAUAUGCAACCAACUAUGGAGAGGGUGGUUCUUUGAACAUCUGUUUACCUACACCCUAAAUGGUGAUAUUUAGUUUUUUGAAAAUGUGAUGUAAAAGCUGUUCUUAAUGCUCAUUGGCUGACUGGUACUUCCUGUUAAUGCUAAUUGGUUAAUGCUCAUCAUUGAGUAAGGAAGUACACAACUGAUGCAUAUUCGUAUGUUAGUUUUAAUUUUAAACAGAUUUUACAUCAUAUUUAUCCAGGAAAUACAACAUUUAGCAUGUUUAAAUGCUGUUCUUUCAAAUGGAUGGAUUUUUUUUUCAAUUACAAUAUCCCUUUAAGUUAAUAAUCCCAAACACUUAAUUCUCUUUGUGACUUUAUAAGUAAAACUGUCUUAUACGUUACCAGAAAUAGUUUGCACACACUUAUAUAGUUCAACACUGCUCUCUGCUCUAGCAAAGAGGGGGUUAAAUAAACACUGAAUAAUCUUGUGCAACAAGAUAUGUACAUACAAUGUAAAUUACUGUUGUGUAUAGACUUGCUUUGUAAAUAGUGUUUGUGAUUAAAUUAAUUUUAAAAUUAUACCAACCCAAUAAUUCAUCCCAUAAAGAAAAUUUUAUAACAAAAUAUAUGUUUAUUUUAGAUUCAAAAUUAGCUGAAAGUUAGGGCCCACUAAUUACAGAGGGAGUUAUUUUUGUUAGAGAUUACUUUAAUGAUUUAUAUUUUAUUUUAUUAACUUGUGAAGUCUUCUAGUCUACUGUCAUUUUAAUAAUUCUGAGCUGUUUCUCAAGUCUAGUUUAACUUUCUCUGUACCCCAGUAAGGAACCCUCUAGUGCAGUCGUACGUAAGUGCUGACCAGUAAAUCACAUGACUAUUGUGUGAUUUCCCAUCGCCCUCUCAGUGAGCAGACACAAUAUGGGCUGUGUAAUUAUAUCCAGCACCACUACAGUGACCUCGAAGGGACAUGGAAGUCCCUCAUAGGUCACUGUACUCUUUCUAAAGCAUCAGCCCCUAAUGAGCAUGUCUAAGAGUUCACUGUGUAUAUGCACGUGUAUGUGUUUAUAUGUAUAUAUGUGUGUGUGUAUAUAUAUAUAUAUAUAUAUAUAUGUAUAAAUGUGUGUGUGUUUAUAUAUGUGUGUAUGUAUAAAUGUGUGUGUGUUUAUAUAUGUGUGUGUGUGUGUAUAUAUAUAUAUAUAUAUAUAUAUAUAUAUAUAAUGUGUGUGUGUUCUUCCCAGGAUCUUUUUAUUGGGUGCACAACACGGCUGAUUUUACUGACCACCCAGUUAAAAUUUAAGCCAAUUUUAAGCUAAAAUUAACUAAUAUUGAAAAUGUUACAUUUUAUUGCACAAAUUAUCAUUAAAUACGUUUAAUUAUGAAAUUAAUGUGUGCUUUUUAUAUCAGAAAAUGAUAUAAUAUAAAAAAUAUUACACUGCCACCACCUGGCAAAAAUAUUUGUGGAGGACACUCUAUACCUUGAAAUUUGUCAGAAUAAAAUUUGCUCUUUUAAUAUUGUGUUAUUGCAUUCUCUUUUAAUUAUGUAUUUUUUUAAAUGUAAUUCUGGUGCACCCCCGCUGUACAGACAAAUAUCUGGUGCUGCAAUUAAAGCUAAUAAAAUGUAAAUAGAAACUGAACUUGACUGAUAGCUCCAUACCAUUUAAAAGGCAGUAGACUGGUAAGGCUUUCUGAGUUAGAAGCAUUUCUUUAAUAUGCUUAUGUUGCAACAACCAUGAUAGUAUACACUAGACAUAUUAACUGCAUCCCUCAUGUUACAUACAACAUAUAUGUACUGUAUGUUCCUGCAACAUUAUAUGCUAAUAUAAAUCAUUCUUUUUUAAUCUCAUUGUGAAAUGUUUUCGUUAAAUAUUUUAUAUUUAUAUAUCUGCAUUCUGGGCUCACUAUUUAUCCAACUGGUUCAACAUAGAACUUUCAUUAUUCAUUUCCUGACCAGUUUCCCAAGUAUCCAUUUUACACAGAGGAUGUAUUUUCAAGCUUUUCUCCAUGUAAUUAUGUCCAAUUGUUCUAGUUAAUAUUGACGUCAUAAUUUAUAAGUUAUAAAGUGAUCAGUGUGCGUACAAAUUGUCAGAUCUUUAUAAUAAAAUACUUGUAUAAAUAA